UCAAAGUCCCCCAAAUCGAAUUAUACGAUGGAACGUCGGAUCCUGACUCUCACAUCGGUCAUUACACAUCAUGGAUGGAUCUCCAUGGGGCCUCGGACGCACUUCGGUGUCGCAUGUUUUUCCUCACCCUGGGGGUACCACUCUUUACCUCCUCAUUCAAUUUGGAAAUGGCAACAGUUGAGGUCGGCAUUCCGAUCUCACUUCAUAGGGGCUCAAGUCUAUUUGGUUCCAAAGGAGUCUCUUGCUAAUGUAACUAAAAAAGAUGACGAAAGUGUCAAGGAUUAUAUUUCUCGAUUUAAUGACCGAGUUCAAAACAUGGAGCCAUGUCAUCCAGAAACUCUGCUUGUCAUGGCGAUCGCAGGGUUGAAACUGAAUUCCAUUUUUCGUUGGACAUUGUGCCAAAAUAAGCCGAAUACCUUUCAAGAAUUCCUUGUUCGAGCUCAGCAGCAUAUUAUUGCCGAAGAAGCAAUGUCGGUCCCAUACUUUAAUUUCAAUUCGAAGUCAUCUAAGUCGGGAACCGAUGACAGGAAGAAAAAGUCCUACGGAAAACCGAACAAAUCACAAUUCCGAGGUUAUUCCCGGGGAGAUGCUAAUGAUCCCGAAGUCCGAGCUGCCCGGAAGCAAUAUGCUAGUGACGUGAAAUCUGGUUAUCAGACU